AAAAGAACGAUAAUGGAAAUAAUGAUCGCAAUCCUUUAUUUGUUCCUUUUCUGUACGGUAAUAAUUAUAGAUUGGAUUUUAAAAGAUCAAGAGAUUUAUAAAUCGACCGUAAUGUAUUACGCAAUAUUUCUACAUAUAUACAGUUUCAUGGUCAAAUUUAUAUCGGCCUUUGAAUUCGUUACCAUUAUAAGGUGCCUCAAAUCGGAAUUUCAACGAGCAAACGAACUCCUUAGUGACAUUAACAUUCUACCGAUUUCUUCUAUUGCUUCUGAAUUAAUUGAACAUAAACAAGCUGAUGGUUCCUUAUUAAUUGAAAGAUCUCUUCCUGUUGAUUCCAAGAAAUUAUUUACUGCUCUACCGUCAUUACGUCAAGCACAUUCACAAAUGCAAGUUGGAAGUCUCAGAAUAAAUAGAAGCAGAAUGUUGUUACGUACAAUUAGACAAGUUCACCUGGAAUUAUACAAAAUAUCGAAAAGUUUUAGUAAUAUAUACGGCAUACAGGUAUCCCUAGAAAUGGCAAUAUGUAUUUUGCUGAACACACGUUUGUUAUAUUAUUUGUAUGGAAAGUACCAGGAAAAAAUAAUGGAUAUAACCAAAUUAAUUUUUCAAACUAUUAUAACGUUGUUGUUGUUUUUACAAUAUUCAAUAAAGAUUUUCGUCAUUAAUUACAUCUGUGAUAAAACAACGAAAGAGGCUGAACACACCAAUGAAAUAAUUCACACGUUUUAUGGACAAACUACGGACUACGAGAUACAAAAAGAGGUAGAAAUAUUUUCUUUGCAAAUGAUGCAACGUCCUAUCGCAUAUUCUGCAUUUGGUUUAUACAAUUUUAAUUGCAAAUACAUUUGUUCGUGUAUAGGUAUCAUAACAACAUAUAUCGUUAUCAUGAUCCAAGUAAACGAUUCAAAAAGAGAAUCAUAAAUUACUCUGAUAGUUCUUCAUUCUGUUCAUUAUACAAACGAUAAAAAUGUUACUAUAAAAAUGUACGAAUAAUUUCUUAUAUGAAAUA